GCGGUGAAUGAAUGAAAGUCUUAGAUUUAAGACUAAGAGGUACAAAUAGACCAUGCUUUACAAAAAUUAAUGAAAGAAGGGGAACAGAUGAUUGUGCGGGCAAUUCAAAAUAAAGAAAAAAGUCGUAGAUGUACCUUCUAGGCUUCUCCCACCAUUCUUUUCCAUUUAUUGAUUUUGAAAUAGAAAAGUUUGCUCCUCCUCUCUCAUCCCUAACCCUAAUGUCGGCCGCCAUCCAUCGCACCACCUUCUGUACAACCAUUACUGCCACCACGAUAUCCACCUGCUUACACCUUCUUAUUUGCUAAUCUGAAACGCCAUCCGACCUCUUUCUUGUGCCUUUUUUUAUCCAGCAACGACCACGACCAUGAAGCUUCCAAUCCGGGUAAAAGGGUUUUGACGAACGAUGAUUCCUAAAAGAGAGUUUAUAUUCUGAAAUUAUGUUAUCAAAAGUAACAUUUUGCUUCUACCUUUUCGAUUAUAAGAUGAUCUUCAUCAUGUGCUAAAAGUUACUAGGAAUUAAGAAAUCAAAAUGGCUGAAGCAAUUUAGUGGGAGGCUGCACUUUGGUUAUAGUUAUUGCUACUCCAACAUUGUUGUAUUUUUAACUAUUAUUUACAUAGUAUUCAACAUUCUCACCAAUGUUUACCUAGCAAUCAAAUCUAAAAAAAGAGCCACUUUGAAAUCAGAUCUGACAUUGACUCUCUCUAUUUGAUUUGUUUUUUAGUCCAUUUAAUCCUUUUACAAAAACCCAAAGUUUUACAUUUUUAAUGUUUUUAAGAAACAGGGGUGAGGUGAAGGAAGAAGAAGGGGUUUCGUUGUUUUUGAUAUGUUUGAUUGAUUUUGCUUUUAGUAGUUUAUGUGGCAAUUGUUUAUUUCUUUCUUAACGGGGGCAUACUAUGGGAUUUGAUGAUUAUAUAGUGAAAUCAUCUAAACUUAAAAUCCUUGCUACAAUUAUUUCCUCUAACCUGACAUUUGAUUGUUUCAUUGUCUUACCAUAAUAAAAGGAAAGAUAUGAAAAUUACCAAUCAAUGAAUUGUUUGAUUUUCGUCAGUUUAUUUUUCUGCACAUAAUCUUGAGUCACUGUCGCAUUUGUUUUAUAUUUUGAAAUAAAUUUCACUAUUCUGUUAAUUCCAUAUGCCAAUAACCGUAAAUAUUUAUGCUUCUCUUAUCAAAUAGGGAAUAUGACUUAUUAAGGUAAUUAACUUUUCGGUGUGUUUAUAUAUGGGUAACUAUUUUUUUUUUGUAUUAAUGUAGGUAACAAACUUGUUGUAAGUGUUUACAUAUGAUCAUUAUGACCUGUUAUAGCAGGGUUAAAUCUUAGAUGUGAACGCUUUCAACAAGUUUAUUACCUAGAUGUGUAAAAAAAAAAUAGUUACCCAAAUAUGAACAAAACGAAAAGUAAAAAAUUAAAUUACACGAAUGGUUCUUGUGAUUUGGGGGAAUUUGUGUUUUUGGUCCCUAACUUGUUCUUUUAACUUUGAUGGUCCCUAAUGUUUAUUUUUGUUACGCGUUUGGUCCCUGGAUUAACUAAAAAGACUAGUGUGUCCUUAUUAAUUUAUUUUUUAAUUAAUUUUCUUAUUUUUGUGUUUAUUUUUUACAUAUUUAAAAAAAUUAAUAGACCAUACAUAUUUAUAUCUCCUAGGAUGAUCCUUACUGUUUAUUUUUUAAUUAAUUAAAUUUUUUAACUCGGAUGAUCUCUACUGUUUAUUUAUAUCUAGUGUUUAAUUUUGUUACGAACUUGGUCUCUGUUUUACGUAAAAAGACUAUUGUGUCCUUAUUAAUUUUUUUUUUAAUUAAUUUUCUUGUUUAUGUACUUAUAAAAAAUAAAUACAUAAAUAAGAAAAUUAAUUUAAAAAAUUAAUAAAGGAAAAAUAGUAUUUUUAUGUAAGACAGAGACCAAACGCGUAACAAAAAUAAACAGUAGGAAUCAUCCGAGUUAAAAAAAUAAAUUAAUUAAAAAUAAACAGUAGAGAUCAUCCGAGGAGAUACAAAUAUGUGUGGUCUAUUAAUUUUUUUAAAUAUGUAAAAAAUAAAUACAUAAAUAAAAAAAUUAAUGAAAAAAUAAAUUAAUAAGGGCACAAUAGUCUUUUUAGGUAAGACAGAGACCAAACGCGCAACAAAAAUAAACAGUAGGGACCAUCUAAGUUAAAAAAAAUAAGUUAGCGACCAAAAACACAAAUUCCCCCAAACCACAGGGACCAUUCGUGUAAUUUAAUUUUUACUUUUCGUUUUGUUCAUAUUUAGAUAAUUUUUUUUUAUACGUCUAGUAACAAACUUGUUGAAAGCGUUCACAUCUAGGAUUUAACCUGCUAUAGCAGGUUAUAAUGGUCAUAUGUGAACAUUUCCAACAAGUUUGUUACCUAAAUAUGUACAAAAAAAAGAUAGUUACCCAGAUGUGAACAUACCGAAAAGUUAAUUACCUUAAUAAGUCAUAUUCCUUAUCAAAUACGUUGAUAAGAGAUUGGUACUAUUUUUUAUUAUAAUAAAAAACUUUAACUAUAUAAAAGAUGGAGAACGACUUAUUUCUACAAGUUGAACAAACUAAAAUGGAAACAAGAUACAUAAGGGGAAAAAUACGUUUAAUAGCACUAAACUAAACUUUAUAAAUGAAUUAUAAUGCUAAUUAUUGUAUUUACGAAAACAGUGACAUCUAUUUUUUAUAUAAAUCCAACAAAUGCAAAACUAAACUGGAGAGAGAGAGGAAGAGAUAGAGAGAGAGAGACUACAUAAAUGAUAUGGAUUUCCUAAGUGUGAUAGGAGGUGCAUAGGGGCGGACCAAGAAAUUUUCAUUUUCUAAAGAAGGAAAUUUUCAUUUUCUAAAGAAGGAAAUUUUCAUUUUCUAAAGGAGCAAAUAUUUUCUUUUUAUAACGUUUUAUGGGGGUAAAUAUUUUUGAAAAGUCAAAACAUAUAAUUUUGAAGGGUUAAAAUAUAAUAUUUUUUUUUAAAAAAAAACUUACUUUUUAAUUAAUUUUUUUUUUGUUGUGGGGCAAUUGCCCCCCACUCUAGGACUGCCGAUGGAGGUGCAUACCUUGUAAUCUUUAUAAUCUCGGUAUAAACCGCGUGUCCAGAAAAAACUCACUUGUACAUAUCUAUCAUACAACGAAGUGUUUCUCCCGUCUGAAAAAUAACUUGUCCGGAGUGAUGAAGCACCAAAUUCCAUAUCCUUAUUACGUUUAGAUAGAAGCCACUGAAAUUAAACUCGGUUAUUAAACAUAAUUCCUCUUGACCUAAAAACUAGAUUGGUCCCAACUAAAAGUCAUAAUCGCUUAUUAGCUAUUAGUUGAUAGUCAGGUCCUGACUUCUGUAACAGCCCGGAUCUCCAGGUAUUUUAUUGCUUUAAUAUUUUGAGUUUUGAGAAGGGACUCGGCGAGUUGGAGCUCAGACUCGCCGAGUAGGGUCGCGAUUCUGGACGCGGGAUUCGUUCGGACUCGGCGAGUCCAGGAUAUGGACUCGGCGAGUCCACGCUGUUUAAUGAAACCCUAAUUUCUCGGGUUUGGGACCUAUUUAAAUGGCCUUAUGGCCGUCAUUUGCAUCCAUCAGUCCAUAGAGAGAAACCCUAAACGUGUUUUAGCGAUUUGAGAGUGAAAGGAGGCAUUUCUUGACAUUUGUGUGUUGUUUAGCAAAGAAGAAGGAGACUCUAGGCAAGAGGAGGCAAAGGGGACUGCUAUUUGGUGGAUUUGAAGCUUGUCCCUUCAAUCUAAAGGAGGAUUAGAGCUCGGAGGAUCGAGCACGAGGGAUUUCCAGGGAUCGUGAGAUACCGAGACGCGCGAGAGGUAGAUCAUGGUGAGGACACGUUUGAUGCCCGAGAGCAGUGGUACCAGUGAGGAGGAGAUCCGCCGGAUCAUUCAGGAGGAGGUGGCUGCGGCCAUCAGGGCAGAGAUACCGGAGAUGUUUGGGUCUAUAAAGACCACAUUGAUUGAGACGUUUGAUGAGCGUUAUGCCGCUCUUUCUGAGGCUGCUGCUGCAGCGGCUACCGCAACGAUUGCUGCUGCGAGGCCGCAGGGUGGGGAUGCGUUGCUGUUCCGUGAGUUCAGCAACACAAAACCACCAGAGUUUGAUGGUACUCAGGAUCCGGUGGCAGCUAUGAGGUGGAUAUCUGAUAUUGAGGGGUGUUUCUUCACUUGCUCGUCUCCUGAGCAUUUGAAGGUGCGGUUCGCGCUGAACCAGCUUCGCUUGGGAGCGAAGGACUGGUGGAAGUUUGUGACGGCGCAUUAUUCGCCUGCUGAGCUUUCUGCGGUGACCUGGGAGAGGUUCACCACUAUGUUUCGAGAUGAGUAUGUUCCCCAGGUGGAGAGGGAGCGUUUAGCACAGGAGUUUCUGACCCUCAAGCAGGGUACUGAGUCUGUUACAGCGAUCACGAGGAUGUUCCACGAGAGGGCGAUGUUCUGCCCUGAGCACGUGUCCACUGAGCAGGCACGUAUGAGCCGCUACUUGAGCAUCUUGAGGAGGGAUAUUCGGGAGUUCGCUGCGAACUCCUCGUACCGGACAUUUGCCGAGCUUCAGGCAAAUGCCCGGAAGAGGGAGAUUGAGCUUGAGACCCAGGCCAGGGAGGAGGCAGAGUCUCAGGGGAGGGAUCGGCGACCGGCGUUGUCGCAGCCGGCCGCCAAGCGGGCCAAGCCUGCUGAUCCCAGACCAGGGAGCCAGAAGGGCCGCACUUGCGGAAAGUGCGGCAAGGGUCAUGACGGAGUCUGCCGAGCAGGGUCUUGCUACAAAUGUGGCAAGGAGGGGCACAUGGCCAAGGACUGCCCCAAGGGGUUUGCAGUGUGCUUUCACUGCAACCAGACUGGACACCGGAAGGCCGAGUGUCCGCAGUUGCGCGGAGCAUCUCAGGGGUCUGCUCCUGCCGCCACCAGAGUUACAGAGAGUCGGCCUGUGAAGGCCGAGACGCCGAGAGCUCGAGGGAGAGCUUUCCAGUUGACUGCGGAGGAGGCCCGCGCUGCGCCCGAUGUUGUGGCUGGUACUAGCGAUGACCGUGGGAAGGCGCCGGCUUGAUCUGUACACACGCAGGGGACUUUGAUAUAUUUACAUUGAUCUUGGGAUUUUUGUGUAAUGAGAAUUGAGAUUUAAAAUCUGAUGUUUUAUGGAAAAUGAAUGAGAAAUGUUUCUAUAAAUUGUGAAAAAUAAAUUUUUAAAAUUUUCGGUGUUACAA